CAAAAUGUCAACCUGUGAAACCUCAUUACACACGGGUUUCACAAAUCCAAACUCAAAAGAUUACAUAAUCAUUCCCAACCAAUUCGACCUUGACGACAGUGAAGAGUCGGACGUGACUCUUACACGACCGCAAACGACUCCAAAGUCUCCCAGUCAUCCCAACACUCAAACUAUCUGGGGUCGAACAACGAAAACCCCCUGGAUCGGACUCCAACUACCUAGACUGGAGUUGGUUUUGGAAAUUCACUUCUCUGCCACCCACGUCAACUACGUCUUGAACGAUAAGCCAGAGGUUGCCAAAGCAAAACCAAGUUGGUCUCGGGAUAACAAGGCAAUCUGCGGCACAAUAUUGCGCACGAUCCAUCCGACUAACAUCCGGAACGUCCGCCAUCUCAAACAGGACGCUCGCAGAUUGUGGGAUGCACUCAAACGAGCCCAUCAAGACUCCUCUGCUGGAGGAGUCAUGUUUUGGCUUCAAAAACUAACCCUUUCACGCAUGGUUGAUGACGAUCUACAAUCUCACCUUGACGACAUGGCUAAAACAUUUGAGCGCCUCAGUUCGUUCAUCACGGCCGAUUCUCCUCUGACGCCAGAGGACAUCUAUUCAGCCUCGAUCUUAACCUCUCUUCCUUCCGACUGGCUUUCUUGUGCCAAAGGCCUCCGGCGCAAAACCCGCUCAGAAGAAACGACUCUUGUGGAAUUGUCGUCUGCGGCCAAAACUAAACUGGCCACGUCAAAGCCUAACUCCGAUCCUGGUGGUCCGCCGGCCAGACAUUGUACUUUCUGCAAUGUGCCGGGACACAACCUGAAUCAAUGUCGCAACGUUGCAAGGCUUAUCUCUGCCCAUAAAUCGAGCCAAACCCCUAGCACCCCAGCAACCGCCUAUUCAAACCGCAACCAAUCAAACGGGCGCCGUCCUCCUCAACCGCCAGCCAAGGCGACACCUCUUGUUCCCUUUGGUACUGCCAAAGACGGAGAAUCUGAUUUCUCGGGUUCUGAGCUCAAGGUGACAGCCGGUCAAGCAGCUGUGUCACUCUCAUCUACUCUAGCGGCAAUCCCGUCCGGCGACGCAAACCUGGACUCUGGGUGCUUGGUCUCCAUGACCCCGGAUCUAUUGUCAGUUGUCCUGGCCAAGACAAAUCAAACCCCGGUACGACAUUGA